UUCGUCCAUCUCUCAAAUACGUCACCAAUAUGGCUGCCGAUGGUGGAACGUAGAGACAGGAAAGUCUUCUAGGACGUUUCUCUCCAUUUUUGUCUUGUUUUUAACCUUCCAAACGACGUGAUAGCCCAAGUUUCCCCCAAACAUGGACUCGGGAACAUAACAGAGGAUAUAGACCCGUUUUGAGGGUGUUUUGAUGCGGCCCAAAUCCGGAAUCAACGUGCGAUUUUGGCAAUCGAUCUGCAAGGGCCAUCCUUGUUUUGCCUAAAAAAUAAGAAAGCAGCGAGACAACUGGAACAACAACGACGGAAAAAGAAGUCAGCGUAAAACGUUAAGAAAGGCAUUGCCAGGAUGAACCAGGAACGUAACAUCAACAACAACCAGAACCACCUGGGGAACGUUCGGGACCGCCUGUUCCAUGCCCUGUUCUUCAAGGUGGCCAUCACCUACGCACGCGCCUUCCCCAAACCGGUCAGGAGGGUCUUCGAGUUCCUCGUGCUGCUGAAGGCCCUGGUAGUGUUGUUCAUCCUGGUGUACAUACACAUCGCCUUCUCCCGUACCCCCAUCACCUGCCUGGACCACGUGCAGAAGGAGUGGCCGCGGGACGGGAUCCUUCGUGUGGAGAUCCAGCGCAACUCGACCCGCCCGCCGCUGUUCCUGUACGAUUACGAGUCGGAGUCCGGGAUCCCUGGGUUGGAGGUGCCCUUCCCUAACGCCACCAUUCAGGGACUGAAUGAGAACUUUGAGAACCUGUCGAUCAGCGCGGUGGAGUUUCUGCGGGGAGACGACAACCCUGUGCCGCAGAAGGGUCUGCAGAAGGUCCGGGAAACUGUCUCAGAGUUUGAUAUGUUCAAGGAAGCAGUGUGGCCAAGUGAUGAGUACAUCGUAGAAUACUCCCUGGAGUACGGGUUCCUCCGGCUGUCUCCACAGACCAGACAGAGACUCAACAUCCCUAUCAUGGUCGUUACGCUCGACCCUACAAAAGACGAGUGUUUUGGAGACUCCUUCAGCCGGUUCCUGUUGGAAGAGUUUCUGGGCUACGACGACAUCCUGAUGUCCAGCAUCAAGGGUCUAGCCGAGCACGAGGACAACAAAGGUUAUCUGCGUAACGUGGUGUCCGGUGAACACUACCGCUUUGUCAGCAUGUGGAUGGCACGGACGUCAUACAUCGCCGCUGCUUUUGUCAUGUUCAUGUUUACCAUUUCUGUUUCCAUGCUGCUGAGAUACUCCCAUCACCAGAUCUUUGUCUUCAUCGUGGACCUGCUGCAGAUGCUGGAGAUGAACGUCACCAUCGCCUUCCCAGCAGCCCCUCUGCUCACCGUCAUCCUGGCUCUCGUCGGAAUGGAGGCCAUCAUGUCCGAGUUCUUUAACGACACGACAACAGCAUUCUACAUCAUCCUGAUGGUGUGGGUGGCCGACCAGUACGAUGCCAUCUGCUGCCAUACCAACAUCAGCAAACGCCACUGGCUAAGGUUCUUCUACCUGUACCACUUUGCCUUCUAUGCAUACCAUUAUCGCUUCAAUGGUCAGUACAGCGGCCUGGCACUCGUCACAUCAUGGCUGUUCAUUCAGCACUCGAUGAUCUACUUCUUCCACCACUACGAGCUGCCGGUGAUCCUGCAGCAAGCUCGCAUCCACACCAUGCUGCUCAACAACCACAACGCCAUCAACGUCAACAACGCUGUCAACAUAAACAACAACAACACCGGACAGAACCCCAACAACGCAAACUCGCAACAACAACCCAACAACCAGCCGCCCGGCGCCGCGGGGGCGACGCCCGACAACGGAGGGGUUGCCGCGGCGACGGAGAACGUCUCUGACGAGGAGGAGUGGGAGGACAUCGACGGUAACCACGGAAACGACACGACCAACAUCACGGAGGUGUUGGACACGCUGGUGGAGAUGGACCUGUUGUCGGAGGACGACCUCCCACCGCCCCGCGCGCACCGCAGACUCGCACCGGGCAGUAGAGAAGCCUCGCCCGUUCCCACGGAUACGGUUCCCCCGGAUACGGACAGAGGAGGAGGGAGUGUUCCCACGCAGACCGUUGCCAUGGAGACAGUUGCCGCAGAGACUAGCAGUAGCCAUGGCGGGGUGGGAACAAUCGCCCGUGCAGGAGCCGUGUCGUCCACGGGGGGCAGAGAAAGUAACGGCGGACAGUCGGAAAAUGGCGUGGUUUCCUCGCCGUCCACGGACGGGCAGUCUUCCCGCCUUGACUCAAACAAACAGAGAAGCGACAGCGGGGGGCCGAGAUCGGGCGUUGUCAAAGGACUGGAAGCAAACGGCAGCGCGGUGGAGAACGUCGGUCCCAGAAUAGCGGGGUCGUCCAACGUCAGCGAUUCUAUAUCGUUCUUCGGGAGUGGGGAGGGGGGCGGUCGGGUAUCGGGUAACGAGGGGGUGGAGUAAGGCAGGUGCCAUGCAGGCUGGGGAGGUUGGGUGGGUUGGUAGGGAUAGAAAUACUUUUUUGCCUACAACACUACACAAGUUGUCAGCUUUGAGCCCUGGUUGGUGAUGACAGUUUGGCCAUAUCAAUUUCACUUUCUGGUUCCCAAAUUGGGAUAAGAUAUUCAAUGAACGUACUUCCUCACAUAUAGUGCUAGUAAGGUAACAAUAUUCUUGUUUGUAAUUAAAGAGCCAGUGACUUGGGAAUGCCGUACUAAAAUAGCCAUCUGUCCACCAACCAGUCAACCUGUAUCACUAACCCAACUAACCUCCUUGGUCCUGAAUAUUGCUUUGACAAGUUGCAAUAGACAUGAACGUCUGCACUAGAUAGACUAGGACAUGCCGUAGCUUUUUGGUCAUCGAGGGUUAUAAAUGCAUCAAUGUUUCUACUCUGUGCUGCAAGGAAAAAAGGUCAUGGGAUGUCAAUGACCUUUGACAUGACCCCUUCAAAUGAGGUCAAUGACCUUUCACCUGUGAUAGAACUACAUGUAAUCAAGGAGGUUCAACCUCCUUGAUGUAAUACAGUUGAACUAUUUUGAUGACUUUGUGCACUUGUUGUCAUGAGGUGCAAAGCUAAGUAUAAAACGUGCAAGAAAACAUUUAUUGAGAAACGUGUUCAUUUUGGUUAGAUAUUGUAAUAGAAGAUUAGGUAAAAAUACUAAAAGGGGUCACUGAAAAGUGGUGAAGGGAAAAAUUGACAGAAAAGAAAUUCCGAUAUUUGUCUUCAACGAACCAUGGGGGAAUCUGAAGGGAAUGGAGAAGGGAAUUUCUGACAACUCGAGAUUUGUAGCUUUUUUAGCGCAGAGCCAUAUAAGUCAGUCCUGUACAUUUAAGAUGUAAUUUGUGUACAGAAAUGUGUAGGGUACCUUGUAAGGCCGCACCGAUUCUAUUCUUCGGUUCUUAGAACUUUAAGAUCAAGAUGAAGACGAGGCUGUGGAGAAAGCCCUUUACAAUGGUACACGCAGUUUCAGUUGUUGGUUCAAGUUUUCUCCCAGCUUUGAGUUUUCAGCUUGAUUUUUCGGUUAGAUUUUUACCUUAAACUGUUGGAAGAAACGAGGAAAUGAAUUGGGGUAGUCUUGUUUUAAGGCCUGUGAAAAUUAAUGCGACAUGUAAGUAAAUAUUGUGAUACAGCACAUGUACAUGUACCUACUUUACAAGAGGUUUCUCUGGAACUUCUGAUGUACACAAGACUUACCCUUACACAGUAUCAGCUGGGAACAUCUAGAGAAAUUAUCAUCUUUUAACAUAACACGCUUCUAGUUAUGAUAGGCUGGUUCAUCGUUUGAACUGCACAUGCACGAGGUCAAAGGUUAAGGCCCCUAACUUGUAAACAGGUCUUGUCUAGAACAACCAUGCCAUGCCCAGACAUGUUCUGUAUGUCAGUGGCCUUCAAUAUCUGCAUAUUACCUACAUUGCAUCACAUUGUGCAUGCAUGCACAGCUCACAUUGGGAACCAACUAAUCCUUGUACCCACACCCAUUCCACUAAGGCCGCUGUGACUGCACUGCAACCUUAAAUUUCACAGAGCGAUGAAUGAAUUUCUUAGAAAAAAACUCCUUACGCUACAUGUGCUUUGUUGUCGCUUUAGUCAUACUUUCACAUUUUGUAUGAUAUUCCAUUUAUGAAUUCAAGGUUGCACAAAUCCAGUUUAAGGUUGCAGCCAGAUUAUAGUGCGAUUUCUAUGUAGUGGAAUGGGGGCCUUAUGUGAUAGUCAACAAAUUGUUAAAAGCACAAUGUCCUUUCUUGUAUAACAGAGCAUGUCCGCAUUAGUUAGAAACCUUUUCACAGCCAUAGUAGUAAUACUUGACAGAAAUGCCAAAACUUCCCUUCCAUCAGAACACAGAAGACACGGCUAAAGAAGACACAGUAUUUUAUAAAGAGAAAACAUUUCUAGCAAGAAAGGCACAGUAAUAAUAAAGUUGUGACUGUGUCUUCGAUAGAUAUAUGUCGGGCCAAAUGCUACAAUCUAACAUCACGAAAUCGUCUUUUGAAUAUGUAAAAUAAAGUUACACGGAAAUAUGACAUUUGGGAGUGGUUUCCGAAUGUGUUGAAGUUAAGAUUAUGUAAAUCUUGUAUAAGUUGUGACAUGUUGUUAUGUAUUUCUGGCCUUUAAAUGAUGGAGUAAAGAUAUGUGAAGACGUU